AACCAUAUCAAAUAUAAUCACAAGAAAAGACAUUGAUUGUGCACUAUGGAAACAGUGUGGGACAGGCUGUGUCGUAAGCUGUGCGUGUGAUUGGUUAUUACUCCGCUCAGUCAGAUGUAUGUAACACGUGAUUGGUUGGUGCUCUGCACAGGGGGCGUGGCUCCUGUACAUGCUGAAUGGAUAUGAGGCAUUUCCGGCAGCGCAUAAAGUCCUGGACCUCAUGCAGUACCUGCUGUCACCACUGGGGGUGUUCAGUUCAGCGGAGGAAGAGACGUCCCAGCCCUCACAGAGGGAGCUGUGGAGGACCGAGAGCGUGCGCCCCCUGCUGGUCACCAUCUUCCUAGGCUUUGUUAUCCUCAGUAUUGGGGUUCUGUACUGCCUGAGGUCGUUGACCCCAGACGGCUGCCCCGCCCUCUUGGACGACAGGCGUCAGUCGGUGAGCCGCCAGCCCUCCUUCACGUACUCCGAGUGGACGGACGCCAAGCAGGACGAGUUCGACCUGGACUCCGUGCCCGAGACGCCCGUCUUCGACUGCGCCAUGGACAUGAGGGGCGAGGCCGACCCCGUGACCCUCACCGUCAAACCCGUGGGCCUGCAGGAAAGGAGGGGCUCUAACGUGUCCCUCACGCUGGACAUGUGCACGCCGGGCUCCACGGAGCCCUACGGUGCGCUGCUGUCGCCACGGGAACAGUCUGCACAGGAGUACCUGCAGAAGGCGUCCAACGUCCUGCAGGCCUCCCAGCUGCACAGCCGGGCGCUGGACGACUCCGCCCUGCAGACCGAGUUCUACGAGACCCCCAUGAACUUUGUGGACCCCAAAGAGUACAGCUUUCCUGGAGUGGUGAGAAAAAACCGCUACAAGACCAUCCUCCCGAACACGCACAGCAGAGUUUGCCUUGAAACCACCGACCCGGACGACUUCCUCAGCACCUACAUCAACGCCAACUACAUACGGGGUUACGGCGGUCAGGAGAAGGCCUACAUCGCCACGCAGGGCCCCACGGUGAACACCGUCAGCGACUUCUGGAGGAUGGUGUGGCAGGAGCGCUCGCCCAUCAUCGUCAUGAUCACCAACGUGGAGGAGAAGAACGAGAAGUGCACAGAGUACUGGCCCGAGGACACGGCGGUGCACGAGGGCGUCCGGGUCACGGUGCGGCAGGUGAUCCAGGCGGACGACUACAGCCUGAGGAUAUUCUCCCUACAGUGUGAGGGCGAGCAGCGCAGUCUCAGGCAGUACUGGUACACUUCCUGGCCCGACCAGAAGACGCCGGACAAGGCCCCGCCCCUCCUGGAGCUGGUGCAGGAAGUGGAGGAGGCGCGGCAGCAGGCCCCGCCCGGGAGCGGCCCAGUCAUCGUGCACUGCAGUGCAGGGAUUGGUCGGACCGGAUGCUUCAUCGCCACCACCCUGCUCUGCCAGCAGCUGAGGAACGAGGGCGUGGCCGACAUCCUGAGGACCACCUGCCAGCUGCGUCUGGACAGGGGGGGUAUGAUCCAGACAGCGGAGCAGUACCAGUUUGUCCACCACGUCCUCAGCCUGUAUGAGAAGCAGCAGUCCCAUUCUUCUGAAGAGUAGGUGUCCCCCCCCCCCCCCCGCCCUGUCCCCCUCCCUUCCUCCUCUCCUCCUCCUGGAAAAAACCAAACCAACUGAACGAUGUCCCAGCAUCCUCCUGGGCUCAGCACACCUGAGAGAGGAGCCACAGUGGAACAGACCUGACCACGGUGCGCCUCAGAAGUACCACUGUGCUCUGACACAUCAGUCGUCUGUGCUCUCCUACCGCGGAGUCAGUCACCAAAGUAUCUACAGUGGCGACAUUAAUCUUCGAAUACCUACCGUAGAGUCGGCUGUUAGGACAGCAACUGUGGCAUCAGUCAUCUUUGAAGAUCUACCCUGGUGUUAGUCAUCUGUUAGAAUCUGCUGUAGAACCGGCCACCUGGAAUAUCUUCUGAAACUUCAGUUAUCAGUGCAUAUCUGCUGUGGGGUCAGUUAUCAGUGCAUACCCGCUGUGGGGUCAGUUAUCAGUGCAUAUCUGCUGUGGGGUCAGUUAUCAGUGCAUAUCUGCUGUGGGGUCAGUUAUCAGUGCAUAUCUGCUGUGGGGUCAGUUAUCAGUGCAUAUCUGCUGUGGGGUCAGUUAUCAGUGCAUAUCCGCUGUGGGGUCAGUUAUCAGUGCAUAUCUGCUGUGGGGUCAGUUAUCAGUGCAUAUCCGCUGUGGGGUCAGUUAUCAGUGCAUAUCUGCUGUGGGGUCAGUUAUCAGUGCAUAUCCGCUGUGGGGUCAGUUAUCAGUGCAUACCCGCUGUGGGUCAGUUAUCAGUUGGUUUCAGUCAGUGAUGAAUAUCUGCUGUGGAAUCUGCCUUUUGCUGGAAGACUUUGAGGAUCCUCUUUUCAAGCCCGAUGUCUGAAUGUCCAACAGACCCACACCUACACAGUAGACUCACACCUGUACAGCAUUCACACCUGUACAGCAGAGUCACACCUGUUCAGCAGACCCACACCUGUACAGCAUUCACACCUGUACAGCAGAGUCACACCUGUUCAGCAGACCCACACCUGUACAGCAUUCACACCUGUACAGCAGAGUCAAACCUGUACAACAGAUCCACACCUGUACAGCAGAACCACACCUGUACAACAGAUCCACACCUGUACAGCAGAACCACACCUGUACAACAGAUUUACACCUGUACAGCAGAACCACACCUGUACGACAGAUCCACACCUGUAAAGCAGAACCACACCUGUACGACAGAUCCACACCUGUACAGCAGACCCUCACCUGCCCAGCAGAUCCACACCUGUGGAGACCUGACUGGAGUGCGUUUCUGCUGACAAAGGCCCUGUUUGGGUUGUGCUCGCGUGAUAUUCCUUAAAUCUGCAUUUUCACACGCACUGGAGCGAUCGUGACUUUCAGUGACCUCACAGCGAGAGAAUGCCUCGAGGCCUCCCGGUGUGUAGAGAGCAGACAGAGGGGCAGAGACGGAUGUCAGCGGGAACGUCCGGUCACGGCCUCGCUGACCUCUGUGUGACCUUCAGAUGGAGCAGGGAAGACCGGGACCACAAACCCCAUUCCCACGUCCACCUCGAGUAGACUGAGGAACAUCACACCUCAUCCUAAUACAAGACAAACGAUGUUCCUCAGAAGUAUUACAAGUAUGAGUGUGUGUGAGUGCGUGUGCAGUCACGUGUGUCUGUCUGUCUGUUAAUAGCCAAUGAGGGCUGUCAGUUGCUGUAAGUGUAAUCUGAAGCGAUACAAUGGUCAGGGAGGGAAUUUACAGGAAUGAACCAUUCCCAUCCACUCCAACGAGGCACGGUCUUUUUUAAUAUCCAAGCCCCUCUCCUCCCUUUCCACCCCCUACAUUCUCCUGAACAAAUGAGUGAGAGAGAGAGAAAAAGAAAGAGAGGCAGUUUGUGUGUUUGGCCCUCCCCAGGUCUCAGUGACUGCAGUUUCGUGAUAAUAUUGCGUUUCUGGUUUAUUUCCCAGCAGCCUCUGGGGUUUUAUAAACAACAACAACUGCGCAUGCUCAGUAAAAGACUAGACACUAGACAGUGGUCCAAUAUCCAGAGUGAAAAAAAAAUGCCCUCAAGUUAGAACAAGUUUUUUGAUUGGCACCAGAAAGUGUAUAAUUCAUGCGUGUACUAAAAUACACAUGUAUGUUUGUCUGUCUGUAUGUAAACACUGUAUAUGUCUUUCUGUGUACGUCUUUACCUAUGGAUGUGUUUUAUGUGGAUGUAUGCUCUAUGAAUGUAUGAACAGAAUAUUAUGUACUUAUGUACUUACCUACGCUAGUACAUACGUACAUUGUGAAUGUAUCAAUGUAGAUUGCUGUUUAUGCUGAUGUCAAACUCUUGAAUAUAUAAAAUGCUGCAUCAAGGGUUUUUUUUUAGUGAUCAAAAUGCCGAUAAACUGUAUAACAGACCGUUCCAUCUAAGAUGGCGGGGUGAAACAGGACUUUAUUUGGUGGAGUCAUCUAUGGAUCAGGCUCUCCUUUCUUUUGUGGGGUUGGGGGGGUGAUAUUUGAUUAUCUUCGUCUUGUUUGAUUCAUGUGAAACGUACGGUGCGCAGAUCUAGCCAGUUUAGCUGCCGGGCAGGAGGCGUAAACAAAAUGGUGGAAAACGGAAGCACUGCUCUCUAACGCUUCGUUUUCCCACAUCCCUUCAUCUUGCUUCAUGUCUUGCUCCACAAGACCCUAGGGAACCAAAUCAUGACGUUUCUUCCAUGCUGAUCUCUGCAGAAGGAAUGGCUUUCUGCAUCAAUCCCAUCAUGCUUUGCUCUCGCGAGCGCAGUGUGCGUCCGCAGACAGAUCCCCCAAAACUAGUGUUUAUUUAUUUAAUGUUUAUUUGAUAGGGACAGAUACAGUUAAACAUAGAUUAUUGUCAAACAAUAUCCAGAGUUUCUCCACUCUGGUCCUGCAGAGCCGCAGUGUCUGCAGGUCACCACCUUCACUCAACUCAUAACUGACCAAUAAAACGUGAUUGGUUACUAAUGAUGAGUGAGGUGGUGGGUGGAGCUUCAACAAGCUGUCCGUCACUGAUUUGAACCAAUUAAGAUUUUUAAGCCCUGCCCACUUUUCUUUUCUCCAGGAAGUGUCACUACCGCUGUUGUUUACAAUGUUAACUCCCCUUACCUGGUUUCCUGUGUUUUAAUUGGUUGCUGAUUUUUUUAAAUGUGGAAAACAAUGGAAAGACCCUGCAGAUUCUCCUAAUUCACCUGGACAUUGAACUCCUGCAUUCUCCCUUUCCUCUUUGCUUCAUAACUCCUGGGGGGUCUGGUUGGUAACAGGAGUUUUUGGUGCUGUAUUUUAGUACAGAAUUUUCAGAAAAUGCGCCAAAUUGCAGCUGUGAAUGAAUCUUGAAUUCAAAUCAUAUGUUAAAGAUAUUAUUCAACAUUGUGACAGUUUGGGGGUCAUAAUUUCAGGAGCCAUUGAUGAUUUUUGGGAGGUGAUUAUAUGUUUGAAAUCAUCUGUGCUUUGGACUUUCUGAUGUCAUGCCUAAUUGUGUUGGUUAAAUUAUCAUGGGUACGCUGUUAAAACAGUUAAAGGGCUUGUGCUUUUUUUUAUUUAUUUUUUUUAGAUCAGAGUGAGGUAUGGUGAUAGCAGAACAAAAUGAGGGUGAGAGAUGGGACAAACCUCCGUUUGUUACAGGGUACGAGAAUUUCACCACGGUCCCUUCUGCGCCUUGAGUGGUUCUGUAAGGGGGGGACCGUGGUAAAUAAGGAUCAGCGUGUGUCUGUCCUUCGAUGAAUCCACAAUGCAUAACAAAUCUCUCAUUGCGAAUGAGCAUUUACAGUUAAAUGCAAAACUGUCCGAAUACUUUUACAUUUAACUGCGCAUGAAGUUUGUCAUGCAUGGGACUCAUUAGAUAGAUUAAUCUUUUUUUAUGAAGUUAUCAUAAACAUUGAGAUAGGACAGUUGUGACAUCAGUUUACUAGUGGAAAGCCUUCAAUCACACAGUCAUAACAGCCAAUUGAGCAACACUGUCAGUGAUUGGUGGAAACGAUUUCCUGGAUACUUACAGGUAUAAUAAAAGAAGGCUACUAUGUUGGUGUCAUCAAUUUUUUCAUAUAAUCCUAGAAGUAUGGCCACAAAGUAUCUACCAAUCACUGUCAAUGUUACUGGAUAUACAUAGUUACCAAUGUAACUUUUGAUUGAUUGGUUGAUUUCCUCUCUGUUUUUAGUACGGUGAUGUUAUGAAUGAUCUAUUGUCACUGGGCUAAAAUAAGAUGUUGCUUAAAAUGGAUCCAAAAAAAUCAAAAUAUGUAUAUUACAGUAACCUACACAUGUUUUAGGUGCUAAUAUAUGCCUUUGUUACUUCUAUUAUUUUAUUUUAUUUUUUUCAGCGCAUAAAUUGUAUGGGAAGAUUUUGCAUGUUACUGUACAAAGAUUGUUCAGAAGGGAUAGACAUUAUGAAGCACAAAAACUGAACUGUUAGCUAGUAUUUGAUGCUUAGUUAAUUCACAUUUUUGCUAUAAAAUAUUCACUGUAUUAUUUUUAGCAGAAUGCAUGUGUAGAAUUUUUAAAUCGUCCACAUGCAAGGCUCACAGUCACCCCGUUGUGCUUUCUGAAAGGCUGCAUCACACAGUGUUGAACAUUUUUGUACGUUUUUCAUUUGUACAAAAGGACGAUUUCGCGAACCUUUUGAUAACGUUCCUCCCCCCUUCCUUACCUCGGUACAUCCUGUACAGAAAUGAAAAGUAGAUGAAUACGCUGCCUCACUCACUGCUUGUCUGCUUCGUUUUGGUUUAUCAGUGGUAAUAUUAUGUAUCGUGGGUAAGGCGGUUUCUCUUACCUCAUUGAUAGGUUUCUUACCUCAUUGAUAGAAAUUGACUGUCUACGUACCUCUCUUUGAUAAUUUAUUUUGUUUUCAUAAUUGGUUUAAUUGUUUUCACAAUUGGUAUAUAAUUAGCAUUACCUUCUUAACAUCGCCAUGGAUACGGGAAUUUGGAGGUGGCAGUGACUAGCCGUGAGAGCAAAGUCUGCUCGCUGAACCUGGCUCGUGAUUCAUGGCCAAACUUCCGCCAGAUCAGCUCCCACGAUGGUGCGUUUUCAAACCGACGCGGCUAAUUCAACAAUUACAAUAAUUUUUUUUUUAAUCACGUGAAAUGAAGUUUCAUUAUGAGACAAAAUAACAUGGAUCCGGUGAAGGAAAAUGUUUGUAUUUUUUUCUGUAGAUAGUCGAUACACACUGUAGGCCUACCUGGUCUGCGCCUUUGGGAAUUUUUGGUUUGCUUUGACGAUGCACCAGUCGAUGGGCAUCUUCUCAUGUCUUCGCUUGAAGCAAAGCUGUUGUUGCUCCCAGGAACGGUAUCAAUUUCAUAUUUAUACAUCUUAGUAUCAGGUCCCCGCAGCCUGAAAAGUAAGAGCUUCAAAGAAUUACCGAAUGUAUAUUUCCAUUUUCUGUGAAUCACAUGGACUGUGUUUGAUUUUCUUGUUCGUUGAGUUUGCAGAUAAACCACGCUGUGAACUCAAGAGCCGCAUUAAACUCACAGGUACAGCCUAAAACUAUACAUAUUACACCUGCAGUAAAACAGAACUCACCUCAGAGGUAAAAAAAAACAAAAAAACAA